AUGAACAGGAACGGGAAUGGCAACGGCCUCCCAUUCCACCUCAACAACAAUGCUCCUCCCUCGCGGCGUCCUGGCCUCUCCUCAAACCCAUCUUCGUCCUCCAUUCCCUCAUCAAACACCAAGCGUCUCAACCCUGCAAAAUUCUUUGUCCUUAUCGGUCUCUGUAUCGUCUCCUUACUGGCCGUCAGCAAACUCUUUGUACCCCAGGAAGAUGACAUCAUCUCGGAGCCAUCGACCCUCAAGGAGACCAGGGACGAAGUCGAGCGGGAGCUGAUAGUCCAGCAGAUCAUGGAGACCCGUAAAUCGGCCUACUUGUUCGAAGACUUUACAGACGAAGCACUGCAGCGGGCUGAGAACGAGCAUCUCUUGCCUGCAACCGCCAUUUUGCUAGGCUGGAAGCGCAUCCAGGGACUCAAAUUGAUUGUCAGCUACCUGGCACGAUACCCAUACAUUAAACAGAUCAUUGUCUGGAACAACAACAAGGAGAUCAAGCUAUCAAGACGGGACUUUGAAAUGGAUCCGAGCUUUGGGCCUUUACCUGAGCUGCAGGUCUACAAUGCGGAGGAGAACCUGCACGAUUUUGCAAAGUACAUGUCAUGCUCGUUGGCGAAGUACAAGCACUGCUACUUACAAGACGACGACUGGCUGAACACACACAUGGAUGCACUCUACACCAACUUUAUGACGAGCCCCAGUCUGAUCCAUACAAACACCUUGCCACUAAUCCAGAUGGAGCACCGUCGAUGGACCUUUACCAACGAAGAUUAUAACCUGCACGCAGGGUUUUCGUGGAUGGGAACAGGGUCGUACUUGCCCCGGGAGAAGGCCCAGCGACUUUUGGAACAACGUGGCAAUACCACCCUUGCAAAGGAUCGAUUCAAGGUCAUCGAUAUGUAUUUCUCCAUCUGGACGAACCAGUAUCCAUAUCAGCUAGUUAGUUACUUGACACCUUUGGACCAGAAGAAUGGCUGGAGUACAGAGGGUGUCAAUGACCAUUGGAGCAUCGUCUUCAGAAACAUGCUGGAUGCCGCUGACCGGCUGUAUUCGGCUCUGUUGGCCAACUUUGAGGUAACGGGCAAGGAUCCCUUUGUCCGUGAGGAGGAACUGCCAUAUGUCAAGGAUCGGCAUACGAGGUCACCGUGCUUCAACGACAAGUGUCUGUUCAUGACAAGUCUGGAUCCUUUCCCUGAUCCCAAGGAGGUCGUCUUCAGAGGUGAUCUGCAAACGAUCGAUGAACAGAAUGCAAAGUUCAUGGAACUGGACUAUCCAACCACGGAGUUCUGGAGGACGUUUGCAUAUAUUCACGCAGUCGAUAACGAUCCCUUGACGUGUUGGAACAGCUUCAAGGUGCCCCAGGCCGGUGACUCGUUUGGUCUCCGGUUUGUGAAGGCAACGACAAUAAGACAUCUAACGAUCACUUCUUCAAAGGCACUGACGAGUCUAGAAGGCCAGAUCACGGUGCUAGCAUCCAAUCAACGCGGAAUCUACUGGACGACGUGUCAUCAUACGGCACGAUAUCCGUUCGCACACACCAUGACCCUGGAUAUUGUCUGCCCACCUGGGGCGACAUUACCGGAGGGCCAGUUGCACCAGAUCAAGGUUCAACUGGAUGCGGAUUUAGAAAAGUCGCUCGAGAUCUGUGGGAUGGAUGCUGGAGGCAUGGUUCUUUAG